AUGAGCGCCGUCGUCGGGCUCGUGUGCAUGUUCGUCUUCGCCCUCGUGCGCGAGAGACACAAGGCGUACCGAACGCGCGUGUUUCACCCGCGCGUGACUCGGAACCCGCCUCCGCUUCCGCCCGCGGACUGGACGUUCCUGUGGGGCUGGAUCGUCCACGUCGUUCGCGUCAAGGAACAAGCGCUGUACGACACCGCCGGCCUCGACGUCCUGUACUUCGAUCGAUCGAACCGCCUGUGCUUCCUGAUAAGCCUCUUCGUCGCGGUCGUGAACCUCUGCGUCGUGCUGCCAGUGAACUAUAAACUCGGGACCGUGAUAACCCCCGAGGCGACCUCUACGGGCGGGAUGAUGACGAUCGACAAGAUCUCGAUGACGAACAUCCCCGUGGGCUCGCCGCUGCUGUGGGUGCAUACCUUAGUCGUCGUGGUCACCGUGUACUUCGUGUCGUUCCUUCUGUACUUGAACUUCGUGGACUACCGCGCAGACCGACAAGCGUGGCUCGGGCACUCGAUCGAAACAGACGUCGACGAGGACGACGAGCCUUCGCCGGUGCCGACGCCGAUUCACUCCGGUUCGAGCCCUGGCAGCGGUCCGUCGUCCGUUCGCUCGCGCGGUUCGGGGUCUACGCGGAUAACCUCGCUCCUGCACCGCCAGUUGUCGAGGCACGUGCACGACGACGAACGCGCGUUGUUCGAGCCAGAGGAGCCCGGGCUCGUCUCGGAGACAGAUCACGAACGCAGUCGAAGCGUGGACUCGUGCUUGAGCAAAGAGAGCGACGUCGAGAUCUCGGAAGUGCACUCCCCCGUGCCCAUCGACGCGCGGCAGCACGUGUACGUCAAGUCCGAGGGCAGCACUGACGCGGACGGGGGCACGUUCGCGGUGAAAGCGCAACAGUACGCGGUCCUCGUCACGAACGUGGAUCCUUCAUCGAGAGCGAUUCGGAAUCCGGGGAACCGCUUCACGGCGACGCAAGCGGCGGAGAUGCAAGUAUCGCGGACGUUCGCCCGCUUGUUCGACGAUUUCGUCGCGACCGUCCCCGUGCGGUACCACGCGAAAAUUGACGUGCUCUUGACCAUGCUCGACCAAACGCAACUCUCGAUGCUGCGCCUGGACGAGCGCCUCCGGUGCACGCGUCCGACGUCGAAGCUCGCCGCGAAGCUCGCGUCGAGGCGAGAGAAGAUCUCGACGCAGGUCGAGGAGAUCUUCGCGCACAUCCAGCUCGAGCAGAAAGCGAUGCUAAACAACCCGCGCUCGGCGUUGUCGCACAUCGUGAUAUUCAAAUCGCAAGUGUCCGCCGCGGUCGCGGCGCAGACGCUCUUGCAAGAGCCGGGCGGGGAUCUCCCGUGGAAUGUGAGCUCCGCCCCCGCGCCCGACGACGUCAAUUCGAACACGCUGUGGCUCUACCCCGGUCAGAAGUGGUUCCGCUCGACCGUCGCCGCGAUUUUGAUCGCCGGUCUCGUCGUGUUUCCCAUCGGCAUCUUCACGAGCAGCAUGGUCUCGCUCUCGCAGUCGCUCUGCGCGAAAGGCUCGUCGUGGCACUGGGACUGGUACUGCAAGGACGUACCCGGGGAAGGGCAAGCUUUCUUCGUUCGACUCCUCACCGCGUGGGUGCCGAGCCUUUUGUUAGCGCUUUGGAACGCGGUCGUGAUUCCGUACGGGUUCGCGUUCAUCGCGCUCUUCCAAGGCGCCGAGGUCUCGCUGAGCGGCAUCGAUCGCAAGGUGUUCACGUGGUUUUACCUGUACAACGCGUUGAACGUGUUAGCCGGCGGCAUGUUGGCAGGGACGCUGUUCUCGCAGCUCGAGAACAUCAUCAAGACGCCGGGGAGCUUUUUCAACCUCAUCGGACACGCGCUGCCGCAAUCUGCCGGGUUCUUCAUCUCCUACGUGUCGACGUACGCGUUCAUGCUCGAGCCGCUUCGACUCCUUUUACCCCACCUCGGGGUGCUGACGUCGCUGUUCACGUCGCGGCGCGCGAAAAUCGAACGCGAUAUUGACGCAGCGUUCGAGCCGAAGACGUUGCGCCUGGGCGCGCAGUACGGGGGACAGCAGCUCAUUUUGCUGCUGUGCCUCGUGUUCUCUACCGCGUCGCCUCUGAUAACCGCGGCCGCGCUCGUGUAUUUCACCCUCUCUUUACUCGUGAAGCGUUACCACAUCAUGUACAUAUUCGUGAGAAGUUACGAGAGCGGCGCAACGCUGUUUCCUUCGCUGUUCAGUCGGAUCCUCGUCUCGUUGCUGCUCUAUCAGAUCUUCAUGAGCGCGUAUUUGUUGAUUAAGGAGGCGUACACGCAGGCGUUCGUGCUGUGGCUCCUGAUCCCGCCGUUCUUGUGGCAAUUUCACUCGUACUGCCUCACCCGUUUCAUCACGAAGAGCACAUACUUGCCGCUCGUGAUCGCGGACAAGAUGCCGGUCGCGUCUAUCCCGCUCGACACGUACGACGCGCCUCAGGUGCAUCCGCGGUUCAAAGCGUGGUCGUCGGACGUCGGGAAGGUGUGGCAAGGAUACGGCGGGAUGGUGAAGAAGUUCGCGUGA